AUGUUUCCGGCAAGGCCGUCGAAAGAAAGGGAAACCGAGGCACCCUUGCUUACCAUAUCGGAGAUUUCCUUAUACUAUCACUUCAAUUGCGAUAAACUUUUGAAGAAUCUUUCGCUAAAGUAUCACAAAAGAGAGAGGAGCGACAAAAGGAAAUCGUAUACUCACGCGAGCGAUGAAUCUGCAUUGCGCGAGGUGCUUACGCGUCGAGGAAGCGAAUUCGAGAAAAAAAUUGUGGAAAGAUUGUCUAAUGUUAUCGAUUGUCGAGGGUCGGAUUCAUCCAAAUCUCGUGACAUUUUAAGGAAUUCUCAGAUUGGACAGGUCUUCUAUCAACUGAAAUUGGAAGUGCCCGAAGAUUUAUAUGAGGAUUUGGGUAUAAAAGGCGUGGUACGUUUGAAACCAUUUAUACCCGAUUUUAUCAAAGUGGUGGAGGAGGAUGGCGAAAGAAAGUUGAUGAUCGUGGAUGCCAAGGUUUCGAAAGCCGUACGCUUCUCGCACCAGUUUCAAGUCGCGUCAUACGUGUACCUGCUAAAUUAUCUCAUUGAAAAAAUUCGUGGCCUAUCGAUGUCUCGCACGGGUGGG